AUGGCAACGACAACGACCCGCUCAAAUACGAUUUCAGAGCCGUCUGCGCUCACCAGUCUCAUCGCAUCCACCUCAACGCCCUCCAGUCCCUACUCCGCCCGUACUCUCCAAAUCCUCCACAACCUGCAACACCAACACCUCUGGACGUCGCUCCAAGUGCACGAACUACACCUCCCGAGCACAACCCCGUCUUCAGAUACAACAGCAGAAUCCUCUCCCGACAACCAAUCUCCCGCCCCUCAUCUCCUGAUCUCCGGCAUCCCGCCCAACCGCGUCUACACCCACCCGGACGAACAGCUGUACAUGCUGGAGAAGGGUCUGCGCGAGGAAGACAUCGAGCUGGAGCGUGUUUUUGUGCUCCCCACGGUGCAGGGCCAGUCGUGGAGCUUGCACAAAAUGGCCGCUGUGUUCGAUUCGCUUCCUUCCGUCGAGGAUGGAACGCAGCUCCAGGCGGGGGACGACGUCGAGGAGGAUACGCAGAACAUGAGCGCGGAGAAAGCCGCUGCCAUCGCGGAGUAUUAUGAGCGCCGGAAACAGGCCCUGCAAACCAAGGAGAGGGUGCUGUGA